AUGUCGAAGGCAGGCGGCAAGGCUGUCGCGGCGAGUCUCGUCAAGCUCAUGGUCCCGGCAGGCAAGGCCUCGGCGCAGCCUCCGGUAGGUCCUGCGCUUGGUGCAAAGGGUGUCAAGGCCAUGGACUUUGCGAAAGAGUUCAACGCGCGGACAGCGCAUCUCGAGCCUGGUCUUCUUACGCCGGCAGUCGUCACGAUCCAGCCGGACCGCACCUUUUCGUUCGAUAUUCUGACGCCGCCUACGUCGCUGCUGCUCAAGCGCGCCGCGAAUAUCACGACGGGGGCUCGCAAGCCGGGUGCCGAGGUGACGGGCACGAUUAGCAUCAAGCACGUCUACGAGAUCGCCAAGAUCAAGCUCAAGGACGUGGAUAUCACCGAAAAGGAGAUGUGCAAGGUUGUUGCGGGAAGCGCACGUAGCCUUGGCCUCCGUAUUGUGCGGUAA